AAAAUUUUUGUUAUACAUAUAUGUACAAUUAUACGAUAAUAAAAAUCCCGUUAUUAAAUAAAAUAGAUGAAAUCAAUAGCGAGUAAAGUAACACUUGGUUAACCAACACAAUCGAGACCACUUUCAUAACGAGCGGUUCUUUUUUAUCGUAAAAUGAUCUCAUUUCUUUCUUCUUUCUAUUGUUUUCUUAUUUUAUUUUUCAGUUUUUACAUCAAUAGAAACUCAUUAUAUGUCGAGCGUUUGAAAGUGAUAGAACAUAAAUGUGAUGUCGCGUUUCUUUCGAUUCUAUAAUGUAUUAUAGUAAUAUUCUAUGAGAGUGCAUGAUUUUAACAAUUCGCUGAUACGGUUCACUUAACUUAAUUCUUGAAGAAUUUACUGUACAUAAUGUUGAUAUUUAGAAACUACCGGCGCGUUUUUAUAUAUUUGUGUGCUAUUUCUUUAUUCAUUUACAGUAGUAAUGUUAUUAUUAAUAAAUGUAUCAAUAAAAGUUCUGUUAAAGAAAUAUCAUCUUUAAAUACCAAAGAACGAAAUUUAUUGUUUCCAAAAGAAUUAACAAUGAAAUUUAAGAAACAAAAUAUUUCGGACAAGGAGUUAAAAAAUUUGUCUAUACUCGGAAAAUGGCUUCUGUCGUCCGAAAAAUCUUUACCGCUCAUAAUCAAGAAAAAAAGGAAACCUUAUAUAAUUUUAAUUUGGAGACACGGACCAUUCUUGGAAAGAAGACAUAUUAGACGUUUUACUAAUACUAAAUAUUCACCAUGGGAAAAUUGUUCGGUCACUGAUUGCUUAUUGAGUUACGAUUCGCAAGACUUGAAUAAAGCAGAUGCACUUUUAUUUCAUCUUCAUCUUACGAGAAGUGUAAAAGAUUUACCUGUUAGAACUCGUUGGGAUCAAAGGUGGAUCUUUUUAACAGACGAAUCGCCAAUGCACACAUUUUUAUAUAAAAAUCAAAAGUUAUCAGAUUACAAUGGCUUAUUUAAUUGGUCAAUGUCAUACCGCAUGGAUAGUGACAUACCUGUACCUUAUGGUAGAACUAUUCCAAUAUCGUCAACGAAAAAUUUGUUCAAUAAUUUAACAUAUUUACGUAAUAGUUUUAUAAAAUCGAAAACUAAAUUAGUUGCUGUAAUGGCCAGCAAUUGUUCUGGCAAAAACCAAAGAUGGGAAUACAUACGCUUUCUAAAACUUUUAUUGGCUGAAGAUUUCGAUAUUUAUGGACGAUGUAGGGGAGGUAAUAUGACAGCUUGUCCUGGUCACUUUGAUAACGAUUGUCCUGCUUUAAAUGUUUAUAAAUUUUAUCUUGCAUUUGAAAAUUCAAAUUGUAAAGAAUAUUUAACUGAAAAAGUUUUUUGGAAUGGAUAUAAAAAAUUUGCCGUUCCAAUAAUCAUGGGUCCUUCGAGAAAUGAUUGCGAUCGACUUUUACCAUUAGGAUCAUAUUUACACGUUGAUGAUUUUGCUAAUCCAAUCGAAUUAGCGUAUUAUCUAAAAUAUUUACAUCGCAAUAUUGAUAAUUAUCUUAAAUUUCAUGAAUGGCGUCGAUAUUACGAGAUAUUGAACGAACACGGUUAUUUUGGUAGCGUAUCUCGUCACUAUUGUCGCAUUUGUGAGGCUUUGCAUUAUAAUUCUCGAGCGAACAAAGUUUAUGAAGAUCUCGAUAAUUUUUGGGGCAAAAAAAAAUUCUGUUCAUAGAUCGAAUUAAAAUAUCUUUGAAAAUAUGCGAAAGUUUGUAAUAAAAAUAUAUAUUAUUAACCUCUUAGCUGUAAAUAACGAGUAUACUUGUUAUGUAAUAAAAGUAAUUGUCAUUUGUUA